GGCCUCUGGGGUGGAGGGGGGGGAAUUGCUUUUCCGAAUGAGAGAGCUACAAACAAGCCGCUAGGGACUGGAGAAUCUGCUGAAGAUGAGAAAUCACUAUUAGAAACACAACACUAAUGCAUCGUUUCAUUAGAUCCGGAUUUAUUUUGGACUGUCAGGGUGAGCUCGCGCAUGAUUUGGUUUAAACUAGAGUGCUGCCUCGUCCGAUAGCAAAUCUCUACAUUGGAAACGCUCAGUGACACUCCAGCAUGACAGACAGUAUCAUGAGCAAAGCGGCCACCAUGGAGAUCCCUAUCAACAGUAACGGGGACAGCAGGACUCUAGGCGAAGAUGAUGGCCUUGAACAGGCUCCAAAGGUACAGUGGGGCCUGAAUGAGAAGGUAGGGCGUCCCGCAGGCCAAAGGGAUUUGCAGCAGGUAAUGGUAUCUGGGCCUAACCUCAAUGAGACCAGCAUUGUAUCAGGUGGCUAUGGAGGCACAGCGGAAGGCAUCAUUCCUACUAGCUCUAUCAAAGGCCCUGCUAUUCAACUCAACACUGACUUUAUGGGCAACAGACGCAUCCCAGUUGAUGGACAAGACCUGCGAAUGAAGUGCAGGGGUGUUAGCAUUGGCCCAAGUCACUCUGCUGCCAUCCGGAUAGCCAACCAAUCAGACGACUUCCCCGGUAUCCCAGGAUCCAGCAUGCACCACAGCAACAGUUCGUCCAUGAUGGCAGAGGAGGCCACGAGAGGCGUCGCUGUGGAGAAGUUUGACAUGGUGAAGAAAUGGAGCUUGAACACUUACAAGUGCACUAAACAGAUGAUCUCGGAGAGAUUCGGCCGUGGCUCGCGUACUGUAGAUCUGGAGCUGGAGGCUCAGAUUGAAGUUCUGCGAGACACCAAGCGCAAGUAUGAGAAUGUGCUGCGUCUGGCCCGAGCACUCACUAAUCACUUCUACAGCAUGGUGCAGACACAGCACACACUCGGUGACACAUUCGCUGACCUCAGCCAGAAAUCCCCGGAGCUGCGGGACGAAUUUGGCUACAACGCAGAAACUCAGAAAUUGUUGUGUAAGAACGGAGAGACUCUGCUGGGCGCCAUCAACUUUUUCGUAUCCAGCAUCAACACACUCGUCAACAAGACCAUGGAAGACACGCUCAUGACCAUCAAGAUGUAUGAGAAUGCAAGGUUGGAGUUUGAUGCUUACAGAGCCGAUCUGGAAGAGCUCAACAUGGGACCACGGGAUGCGGUGACCAUGGCGCGCAUCGAUGCCGCACAGCAACAGUAUCAGAUCCACAAGGACAAAUACGAGCGACUGCGCAGCGACGUCUCCAUCAAGCUCAAGUUCCUGGAGGAAAACAAGGUUAAAGUGAUGCACAAACAGCUUCUCCUUUUCCACAACGCAAUCUCAGCUUACUUUGCUGGCAACCAGCAGCAGUUGGAACAGACCCUCAAGCAGUUCAACAUAAAGCUCAAACCCCCCGGAGCCGACAAGCCCUCCUGGUUAGAGGAGCAGUGAGGAGCUCCUACUGCCCUUCUGCAGGUUAUCCAGCAAGAGCAAGGCGAUAGUAUAAUGAGGCGCAGCCUGGCCGCUAUGGCAGCAGGGUAGCAAAAAAGCUUACCAUCCUGUAGCUGUUUCUAGGAGCCUGGGGUCCAAACUGCCUUUCCCAGUCCAUACUUUCCUCCUCUUCUUCCUCUGCCCGACUGUCUCUUUUCUCCAAUUGUGUUUGACCCUGAGAAUAAACAAUAUUUGACUCUUCUUCACCCUAAAGGCUGUUAAAGUUUUUGCUUUGAACAAAAGCUAAGUGAUAAUUGACCAAAUCCUCCAGGAAAUAUUGUGUCAAUCAGAACUUUCUACUGUGCUCUCUCUCUCUCUCUCUCUCUUUCUCUCUCACACACACACACACACACACACACAACCCCAUGGGGUACUUUUUUCCCCCCAUCCCCUUUUCCGCUUCUGGACUUGGACAUGUAGAAAUGACUAAAUACACAUGGUCCUACUUUUUCAAAGAAUGAAUCACAAGCCAGGUUGUAAAUGUAGUUUAUUUUUUGUCAGAACGUCUUGAGAAAUUUAUGACAUGGCAUAAAAUGUGUAUGAUUCCAUGAUACAGAAGAGAAAAAAAAAAAAUCCUAACUGUCGUAAUAAUUGAUCCAGUUGUGCAGCAAAGUGCUUUUACAUGUUCGGAGCCCUGAUUGAGCAGCGUGUCGGCUGUUGAAAAUGAGUCAUUUACCGUUUUUUCUCAUACAUGAUAAUUAGGUUAGGACCACACACCCCCUUCUUUCCAAAUUAGACAAAGUACACAAUCUGUACUGCUGGGAUGUAACCAGUAAACCAGUAUGACUGUAUAGUGUGAUGUGGGAAUGCUGAUGUUAUACGAUACUGGUUUAAAAAUCACGAAUUAUUUUCAGGUAUUAUCAAAGGCAACGAACUAUCCUCGUCAGUGCAUAUAAAUAUACAAACGAUCCAAAUAACUUGAUUUUGUAUCACUGUCAGUGCAGUGUUAUCAUUUAAUGUCCUCUGCUGUGAAGAAAUGGAGGCUGUAAGCAGAUACAGUGAUAUUGGCUUGUACAGUUAUCUUAUAAUUAAUUUCAUUCCCUCUAUUUUUAACUCCUGGUCCUGGAGUAAAACUUUCUGGUCUUUUUUUUUCCUGCUUCUCAAUCACAUGAUUUGAGUCAUCAGGAGUCAUCGUUACAAAUCUGAACGAGGUUUAACUGGGUGACACGGAGGAAGGAAAACUCUAGUAAUUGUCGACCUGGAUUAAGAAAUCUAAUUUUGUUAGAAUAUUACAAAGUGUUGAGUUGUGUUUAGAUCAUUCACAGGGUCAUUCAUUCUCACCACUUCCACACUAAACUCCCAGGACACUCUGCCAGUCUGUGGGUGUGUUAUAAAGACCGUUGUGAUUCAAUAUUGUGCUAUGUACUAAUUUAUGUACGUUUUCUUUCGGUUGCUUUAAGUAAACAAUCGAUGUUUAAUCAAGGAAAUAUAGUGUAGUGUAGUCUGACUUAUUUCCUGCAGUUUGUUGCCACUGAUUAACAUCAUUAUUAUUAAUCUUUACAUUAUAAUCUGUACACUACAGUGUCUGUUUUCAGUGGUUAUUCGUUUGUUUCUUGUUUGUUUGAAGGUAACUUUGUGCUUGAAUUCCACAUAUUAUUUCCCCACUUGUCUUAUUUAUGAUGCAUUAUUUUCUUGGUAAGAAGCACUCACUAUAAUGAUAUAUUGCCUUUAUGUAAUGCUUCCUAAAAUGCGACUAACACAAAAUAUGAUACACAUUCUGGGGGAUUCCUUUUUUUUUUUUUUUUUUUAAUCAAAUUUUUCCAAAGUUCUUCAUCCCUGCUCAAGCUAGAAACCUAUUUAUUUGGAUAUUUUAGUUGGAACACUGAGAUGGACUAUACGAGUUAAAGUAAAUACAGGAAGAACAAAAAAAAAGAAAAGGCCAAAAUUUUGAGCACUAUUUUAUGAGGUUGAGCCUUCAGAGAAGCAAUACUAAAGAUGUUUCUAAAGAUAUAUAUAUAUAUAUAUAUAUUGUAUUUUGAUAUUGGCUGUGCCUCGUGGAAUAUUUUGCAUGGCUUGUCCAAUAACCUCAGUUGUACCUUUCCGUUUAUUGUGGUACGUUCGUGUGAGAGAAGUGCCACACACCAGUGAUAAUCUAAUGUAGGAGAACUACUGUAUGACUCACAUGUUAACACAAUGUGGAAUUGUUUUCUGAAAAUCCUGCUCCCUCAUUGCCUAGACUUUCCUCACUUUUAUUUUUGCUAGAAUACUGAGUGCAAUGUGUUUGUCUGUGUGUUGUAUGUGGCAAAAGUGUUUUGUACAUCAUCCUUAUUUCUUAGUCCUUAGACAAGUGGCAGGACAGCAAGGAGAAAAACCAUGAAGGAUUUUGAAGGUUGUUGAAAUGCAGUACUAAAAUUAUAAACCAGACCAAAUCCAAGAUAUGUUAUGCUCUAACUGCAUUUUCACAAAAUGACUUGAUGUCCUUUUUAUUUUUGAUUGAUGCUAUCUGAAGGGAUUGUUACUAAAACAAAAGUUACCCCUCAUCCUGA